AUGACAUCCACGUUGCCCUGGUUUCGCAAGGGCACCGACCGUGGAACUAUUAUCACCCUUGAUAAACCCCUCUCUUCCCGGUGGAAAAUUCUUGAGAAGCUUAAUGAGUAUGACGAUCAGGCCACCGUGGAGCAAAAUAAGGCAUAUGGCUUCCGUUCUUUCGCCUCGGCUAAAUUCCUAUGUUGUGAUCCUCAACGAUAUCCAACGAAAGCCUUUAUGAGAGUCUACAUUCAAGUUCCCCAUCGAACAACUGAAAUGGAUAAUGCGGACGCCAGAGGCGAACAAGCCGCGUCAUGGAUCCCGCAAGAAUUAGCUUCCCUGCUGGAUCUAACUGAAAAAGGAUCAAGUGUCACACCAAAGCUCCUCGGACAUAAGACUGGCACUCAAGAUCGCUCAGCGCUAGUUCCGGGUGGGUUCAUCAUAUGGCUUGUUUGGGAAAUUCUUCCGGGGCUACGUCUUAGCGACAGUGAUGGUGCUGGUCCAUUUUGGGGUCUUGAAAGCUAUGAAAGAGAGCAAGUCCGCGUAUCCUUUCUUAACGCUCUUGUCAAGCUGAAGGGGCAUGGGUGCUACUUCAUCGGUCGAUUAAGCAAGACUAUGGUAGGUGAACCCAGACGUUCGGCUGAGCCUGCCCAACGGAUCGCGACUUUUGAGCUUGCUUUACCAGACGCUCCAGUCAGAUGGAAAGACUGGGAUAAGGAUACCUCACGCUGGAAAUGGUAG